CACUACUUCGUAACUUUAAAAUCUUUGUUAAAAUGGCUACGCGAAUGCAUCUUUCUCAAACGACGACUACAUUAGCGUGGGCGAAAAUCCGAAACGCUGAAGAGGUCUCCACGCUGAGUUCUAAGGUCUUUCUGACAUGGUGUGAUGAUACAAUCCUUUUCCGCGAUGUUACUACAAAAGAGGAAACCCAUUACCGGGCAAAUGAUGGAGUGCAUGGUGACGGAAUAACUGCAACCGUAGGGCAUCGCAAUUUGCCAGUGUUUGCCUUCAGCGAAACUUGUUUGAGACCGAGCAUAUUUGUUUUAACCUAUCCAGAUUUCAAAACAAUCAGCGUAUUGAAAAGUAACCAUAUGGAGGCUUAUCGGCACCUUCGGUUCUCCGAGACUGAAUAUCUAUUGGCUCUUACCGGUUUACCAACUUAUUCGUUGGAAGUGUGGAACUGGCGCUCAGGGAAACUUCUCGGCACGGUAGAAACUGGACUGUUUUCUCCAGAUCAAGUAAUAAGACCGAACCGCAGUGUUCCUUUCAUGGCAGCUCAAUAUGCCCCCGAACUAGCAACUUUCGUAAUUUGGGAGAUUCAUUUGAGUAUGGAACAGGCUUUCAUAAUAAAAAAGCCGACUACGAUUCCGUUUAUUAAUAUCGACACAAAAAUGGCUUUCACAUUUGGGGUAGACAAUAAUGUUUACAUGACUGACAGUAUCGGGAACCUUCAUUCGCUACUACCAGGAGCUCAUACUCCGAUAUUACUUUGGGAAUGUGAAGAAGUCUCAGGAACGAAAGAAACUUUAAUCCAAUCCUACAAAGGAGGGUUUGCGAUUCACGGUUCAACAGGUAUAAUUUCAUUUGUCAAAAAGCUGGAUGGAGUAUAUUCAACACAAUGGCGGAUUUCACUGCCCAUUGAUGUAACAUUGUUGCGUGUCCUCAAUGGUCAGCUAUACAAUAUCACACCACAAGGAACGUCCUACCUUAUAGACAAUUCUGAAAACGCCAGUCCGAACCCUCAGUCUAUCACUGUUCCAGACGAGUCCAAACACAUCGUGCGAAAUUUCGAUAUGAUAAAUCCUGUUGGACAAUACAUUGCAGUUGUGGUUGGAUACAAGACAAUUGAACUAAUUGAGUGUAGCUCGGGAAAAAAUAUUGCAACUACGAAGACGCAAAACAUAGUAAAUAUCAGAAGUCAUCCCCACUACCCUUAUAUUGCAAUUGGAAAUCAAAUGGGGAUGGUUACCUUAUUGUCAUACUACACCCCUAAAAAGCCGAAGAUAAUUACAGAAUUCAAUCUGAGCGAAACGUGGAUAGAUCAGCUUCGCUUUGCCCCAUCAGGAGACGUUCUCGUAGUUAAUGAUCGCUAUGGAGAUUUCUACGUUAUAACAGGAAAAAUUGGGGGUCGGCUCGAUAUCACCGCGCAUUUCACUUUUGAAUAUCCCGAUCUGCAUUUUUGUGCUCAGCAACCUACCGACAUGAUUAUUCAUCUACUCCUGCUGUCUCCCAUGGAUAAAGAUAUGGAAAACACGAUUGCCUCUAACAAAAUCCAUCGAGUCACAGUCACGCUAGGAAACCGUAAAAAAACAGAGACUACCAUCUCCCUUGCAGAGCGCUACACAUCAAUCGUGGCGUCAGCAACAAAUCCCAACCAGUACAUUGCAACACCAUACAUGAAACGUGACAUCCAUAUCCUUGAAAUGCAAGGCGACGUUAUAAAGUCAAUGGAAGUCAUUGCAACAUUCAAUCAACUACCCUACCUGGAAGUGGUGAGCAAUACGCAUUUCAUAGUCACGUGGGGUAUGGACGGCAUUGUUUGCAUAUUUGAUGCACACACCAGAAAAAUAGAUGCCGUGUAUUUUGCUCAAAACCGAUAUGCACAUAGGAUGCGGAAAGUUCGUGUUGAUCCAGCUAGGAAGUAUGGAAUAUGCUUAGGUAUUCAAAGUACUCUGAAAUGUUUCCGCAUCGAUCCUAAUUAUGCCAGUUCUACGAAGAUGACAGAAUUGGCUAACUCACUACAAAGUGAAACUGUCGCAGCAAUGUUCACUAAAGCAACGAGAAGUUUCCAUCCAACAGGCGAAGAUGCAGAUAAGACCUGGCUAGAAGUAAAACAGAAACGUGAGCUGGAACACGAAAGACAGGAACAUAAAAAGGAAAAGGAUCAAAUCUUUGAAGAGUUUCUAAAUUUAAAGGAAAAAUUGAAAGUACUCAUAGACCUCAAUGAGGAAUGGCCAGAAAAUGAAAGACUCCCACUGCAAAAUUUCAACUUAAGUAAGGAGUGGGCUGAAAGCCUCUUUGAAAUGGCCCGUCAAGAGCGCGAACUAGAGGACAGAGCAAUGAAAGCAUAUGUUGCUGACCAAAACCGCAUCACACAGUGGAUAAUAGACAACACCUGGAAUCGAAUGGCCGUGCAAGGAUGUAAAGUUCGCGGAAUAUUCUCCAGCAUUUGCUGUGAAAAUUAUCCGCUUCUACAAAAGGAUAGAGCGAGCGAAGAGGAUUUGAAAAAAGUGCUUCUGUGGCUUAACACGGAGAACAUGGUUGCCAAAGUUGAUAAGUUUCAACCGUGGCUUCCGAAAUCAGCGGAGAAAAUGAUCCAACAGCUUUCUCAGGCCCCCACGUUUGUUGACGAAGAAUCAGGAUUCAAACAUAGUACGUCCUCAAGCGAGACUGAAGUGCAAGACAGUUCUCAGGAAUAUAUUCGAAUGAAGCGUUUGAAAUACGCCUUGACGGGCACCAGCACACAUAAUUUUAUAGAACCCCAUCCUAAUCGGUAUGAACAAAUGGAUGUCGUUACCUUCCAACAGACCUUUUCGGAGAAAAUUUUAGGAGAGUUGGAUAUGUACAAUCUUCGCGUGUACUUCAACAAACAAUUCGCUGGUCUCUAUAAAUUCAAACAGGAUCAAAUGGAUGAAGUUUUAAAGAGGAACAAUCGCUUAAGAAAAAUACAAAGUGAACUCAACAUUUUAGCUGAGCUAAAGGGUUCCAACGAGUAUUUUGAUGAUGUAAUUAUUGAUCCUGAAUAUCAAUUAGAUGAGGAACCGGAGAAAAUAAUUAAGGUCGAAAACAGUGAAGUCCAAAUCACUCCAUAUAUCUCACCAAGCAAGCAGAAACUCCUCGAUGAAGAAGCUUAUCAGCUGGAGCAGAAACGACUGGCGUUAUUAGCCGAUGAUUUUCGUGAAAGAGCUCUCAUGGCUAUGAUGGAUGGCGUCUUGGAAAAGCGAUGGGAGGACGAAAUCAAAAAACCACCAUCACAGCCUGAAUGUAUAAGAACUGGCAAAAAUCCAGAGGAAUACUCAAAGGAUGACAUUCGAGCUAUUAAUGAAUACGAUUCCCAGCAAAAGUCACUUCAAAUGGAACGUGACAAAUAUCGAUUGAUGCUUCUCGAAGAAAAAUCGAAAUUGCAGAGUCUCCAAAGUGAAAUGAUAACAAAAUUCAAUUUAAAAUGCGCCUCCAUGUUUAUUUUAAAACACCAAGUGGAUGCUGCAAUCAAACAGGAGGAGCUGAAGCUACUGAGAAAUUCAAUGAAUAAUUUUGAACGGAUUCAGCAUAAAAGGAACGAAAUAAAAUAUAUGAAUGAAAUAACCCAAAUAAAAAAUGAAGCCGAAACAAUUCUUCAAACAUUGGAAGAACUAGAAAAACGCCUCAGUGAAUGUAAGGUACGCUAUGAUCAGCUACAGAGCCGAGAUCGACUUCUCGAUCGUCAAUUCAAAUCUCAAUUCGGAGAAAGUGCUCCACCUGUAAUUGUUGAUCAAGCAUACAAAAUUUUCAAAAAACGGCCGAAAUGGAUAACGAGAGCCUGGGCUACAGCGUCGAUUCUCCUGGACAUUAGUAAUCGAGUAAUCACAAGGAAUUAUGUAAAAUCAGGAGCACCUAUUCCAGAAGAGUGUUAUGAAUUUUUAUCUUUACUCGACUCAUUGGAAAAUAUCUCAAGCGCACCGAAUUCAAUUUCGCCCCACCUUUGGGGGAUUUUAUGUCAUUUGCGACGAGUAAAAAUUGAAAGUGAAUUUAAGCUAAAGGCACAGGGAAUGCAAAUGGCUGAAGCCGAGGCAACAUUAAAUGCAUUCGCUAAGGAGUUGGCAGCUAAGAAGGCUAGACUAGCUGAUAUCGAAAAAGAACGAGAGAGUGUUCGACAAGUUUACUUCGCUAAUCUAAGAAAUCGCACUAUACAAGUAGUGAUGCCUAGGGGAAUCAUUGAAGUUCCACUUACGGGUCAUAUAGGUGACUUUGAUGGAAACGUUUUACUGAACACUUCAGAUAUCGACAAUAUAAAUGAUAUAAUCAAGAAGGCCGGAGAAAUUAAAAUAAAAACUAUGACCCGCUCUGCCAUCUUCCGAAGGAAAAUUAUCUAUAAGGAAUGGGAACACAAAAUGCUUCAAAUGGAGGUGAAGAAUAUGCAGGACUAUUUGAGCAUAAUCGAGAAAUGCAAAGUAACAAAGGAAGUCCAAAUGUACUUGAAACGCAAAGACUUGGGACUAGCAGACGAUUUGAGCCAAUCCGCACUGAAUCGAGAAAUUGAAGCCACGCGGAUCUAUCUGAAAAAAUCUCUUGAAGAAAUAGAUACCUCCGUGGAGAAGGUAAAGCGCCAACUUGAAAUGAAGAGACGCGAGAAUAAGUUUUUGGAUGCAGAAAUUGCUAGGAUCAACGUAGACGUUACGGAACAAAGCUUAUUUAGAGAUUAUACAAUGGAAGAACAGGAACGCAAGAAACAGGCGGAGAGGAUGGCUACUGUCGUGGAAAGAGGAAAACUUAUUAGGAAGGUUCAAGCACAACAUGCUCAAAUAUUGGAAUUAGCUACAAUGCUUGAGCUCCAACGUUUGAGGACAUUCCCGACAUUGCAUGCUCCAAAAACAAAUCCGUUUUCAUAAGUUUUUGUCACAGUUCAGUUUUGAGUUGAGUAACUUAAUUUGUAUUGCAGAUCUUACACUAUUUAAUUUGCUUAUGCAUUUAAAUGUAA